CAACAGAGCCAGAGGGAGGCGCUGCAGAGCAGAGCAGAGCUGAACAGUCUGGAGGCUGUGCUAAGGCUGCUACACCUGCAGGAGGGAGGUUCAGGGCCUCUAUGUGCACGGCCUUGUAUGCUGCCCCCAUUGGACUAUUCAGGAACUGCACAAAUGAUGCAGCUGCAGCCAGGUGAGGGGUACCAGCAGCUGCUGAAGACCCUGCAGGCUGUAGAGUCAGACCGGAGCAAACAGCAGAGGGCAGUAGAGAGGCUGCAGGAGCGUCUGAAACGAACCCAGGAGGAGGUCUCUUCUCUGCAGAGCUCCAUGGCUCAGAGGGCCUCCCACUACCAGAACCUCCACUCUGAGCUCAUGGACAAAGUCAGCCAGGCCACAGACACUGAGAAAGAGCUGAAGAGGAAGAGUGCUCGAGCAUCUGCUUUGGAGAAACAGCUGCAGGAGAAGAUUUCUGCAUACAGCCAGGCCGCUCUGAGGAACACUGAGCUCGAGAAGCACCUACAGGAGAAGACCAUUACAGUGGAGCACUACCAGACCCUGAUGAGCAAAAAGCAGAGAGAAUAUCAACAGUCGCUUGAUAAAUAUAAGAAGACACAAGUCCAACUCUCAACAGAGCAGCAGCACAAGAUGGAGAUGCUGGAGGCGUCAGUGAAAGAUGCCCAGCUGCGUCUGCUGGAGAUGGAGGAGCUGUUUGGUUCUGUUCAGAUGGAGCGAGAUGAGGCUCAGAACAUGGCCCUGCUUCUACAGAGCACCGUGGACAAACUCACACAGGAGAAGGAGCUAGAAGAAAAGCACCAUGAGGAAAUGGAACAGAGAUUAAAGGAGGAAUCUACUCAGUCCAACUCAAAGAUGUUGGCACUCCAGUCGUCUCUGUCCAGCUGUGAACAUCAGCUCCAAGUGUAUGUGCAGCAAAUGGAGGAGACUCAGAAGAGAUACGAGGCUGAACUGAGCAGGAGCAAUGAUAAGGUGUACUCUCUGCAGGAAAAGCUCCACAGUACAAUGCUAGUUUAUCAGACGACCAGUGAACACAACACACAACUGCAGCAGUCUCUGGAACAAACCCAGGCCAUGCUCAGUGAAGGCACCACCAGGAUCUCUGAGCUGGAGGACUGCCAGAGCCAACUGCAGAAACAGUUGUCAGAUCUGGAGCAACAGUUGGAGCGGACCCGGGCUUCUCUUCAGGAGACAGCUCUGAGUCGAGAGAGGGAGGUUCUGCAGAGAGACAAGAGCCUGGAGGAUCUACAGCAGGAGAACACACAGCUCACCGGCUCUCUCAGCCAUCUGUCGACGGAGAUGACCAAGUACAAAGUGGAGCUGGUGUCGAAGGAGUCUGAGCUGAAGCAUCUGAAGAAGGACGUGGCUCUGAAGGCGUCUCAGAUCAGUCACCUGGAGGAGAGUUUGCAAAGGACCAAGGCUCUGCUGGACACCAAGACUGACAUGGUGGCAGACUUGGAAGAGACUCUGCACCGCUGUGAGGCUGACCAGCUGCUGUGCAGACAGAGGGCCCAUGCUCUGGAGCAGCAGCUGGAGGUGGUGAGAGCAGAGCUGAAGGACACAGUGGAAAAGCUCCAGCAGCUCAGAGACCUGCUCCAGAAGACUCAGGGCAUCGCAGACGAGAGGCAGGCCUCUGUGGACAGACUGAGCCUGGAGCUGAGUGAGUGCCGGAGGGAGCUGGAGGAUAGAACACAUGAGGUUCUGGACAUGGACAAUGCUUUGAAGGAAAGACAGGGGGAACUGCAGCAAAGAGCCCAGCUGUUGGGGCAGUUGGACGUGGCGAUCCGUGAGCACAAACUGGAGAUGCAGAGGAAGGUGGAGUCUCUACAGCAGAGUCUGGAGACCUCAGAGCAGCAGCUUAAAGAGGCUCAGAGACAACUGGCUGACAGGGACAAACAGGAGAGUGGAGAGCUGAGGGUCUGUCAGCACAAACUGGAGGCUGCUCUUGUUGAAUCUAAAGAGACUCUGCAGCGCUGUGAAACUCUGAGCUCAGAACUGGAGACCAGCAGACAACACAACAAGGAGAAGGAGGAGGAGCUGUCUCGUGUAGAGGAGGAGUUUGCCCUGAAGGAGGCGCUGUGGCUGCACACUGAGGCCAGGCUCCAGGACACUGUGGCCUGUCUGGAGCAAGAGCUGGAGCUGGAGAGGGAACAGCACAGCAAAGAGCUGGAGUCCUUGCAGCAGACCAGAGGCCAGCUCCUCAAAGUGUCCGAGCAGAUGUCCUCCACAAUGAAGUCCUCUCACGAGCAGCUCAACUCCAAGCUCCAGCUGUGUCAGGACCAACUGAACCAGGCCAGGACAGAACUGGACCAAACCAGGGCUCAGCUAAACCAGAGCCGUGCAGAGGUGGACCAGACCAAGGCGGAGCUGGAGCAGGCCCGUAGUCUGUCCGUGUGUCUGCAGUCUCAGCUGGAGCAGAGUCAGUCCCAGCUGCUUCAGAGUCGAGUGGAGCUCCAGGAGGUCCGAGGGCUGUACGACCAAACCAGGGCCCAGAGCGCUCAGCUGCAGAGUCAGGUACAGCAGCUCUCAGCACGGGCGGAGCUGAGCAGAGUCCAGGCUGAAGAGCUCCAGCAGCAGCUCCAGCAGCAGCUCCAGGCCUCGCACGCGUCUGUGGAAUCCUCCCAGGAAUCUCUGCUGAUUAAGGAGUCUGAAAUGACCCGUCUCUUGGGUAAAAUCUCGAGUCUGGAAAGAGCUGCUGAUCGCCAUCACCUCCCUCUCCCCUUGGCCCCGCCCUCUCUCCCCCUGUCCCCUCAUACUUCACCUUCACUCCCUCUUCAGCCUCCACCCGCUGACCUCUCCACCUCCAGUAAACACCAAAAGGUCUCCGACUGGUUACAAAGCAGCACCACCAGCUCCUCCUUAGAUCUUCCCCCGAACGUGAAAACCGCACUGAAGGAAGCUUUGAAGGACCAUUCGUGGGCUUCGCGUUCCUCCGUCUUGCCAUUUCCGGAGAACACGGUGGACCAGAGCUGGCAGGGUUUGACUGGUGCGGACAUCACGGCUACCUCAGACCAAUCCUUCAAUCCACUGACAUACAUGGUGGAUAAGCAGGAGGAUGAGAAGCAAGGGAGAGAGGAAAGAGAGGAGGAGGAGGAGGAGGAGGAGAAGGAGAGAGAGGGGAGGAGGGAGUCCAGUGGAACCCUAGUGCCUCAAGACGAAGACGAAGAGGACAAUUUGAGCACACUAACUGGAAUGUUAAGAUUUGUGAACCAGACUUUGGCCAUGCAGGAGGACCAGUCUCUGUGGGGUACCAAAACGUGAUAUUAACAGCAGUUAUAGUUAUAGAAAUUCUAUCUUUGGAAAAUACAGAGUAACUGAAGACAAAUAUCCACAUUUUAGAUCUGGUUUACUUAUAUGUGGAAGUUGCAGUUGCUUAAAGGGAUAGUUCAGUUUUUUUGACAUCAAUCUGUAUGGCCUCCCCGUCAGCAGUGCGGUGCAUCUAUAGCGAUUUGUGACCAAACUGGAGUGAUGGUUUCUUGGUGACUCAGUGUUUUUGUGUUUAAUGCAGCUUAAACACAGACUCAUCCACUCCCUCUUCUUAUAUAAUGUGAGUGACAGGUGGAUUUUUUUGGAUCUCUUUGCUUUAGCACACAGCUCUACCUCUGAAUUGUAAAUGAAGCGACUAAAACUGUGAUAAACCUCAAAACCGUGACAUGGGGCUGUAUCAUUUUGCUCAUAUGAAAUUUGGAAUAGUGCGAUAUAAUUUCAGGAAAAUUAUCAAAUUUCUUUUUGACAUUGUUGUGAGUAAUCAGACGGACAGAUUUUACAGUUUGCACGUCAUUUAAAUGUUAAAGGUGCAUUGUGUAACUUUUCUGGUGGAGCGUCCGUCAAACACUUUUCUUCAUGGAGAUGUUAUUGAUUUGUCAGGAAUGUUUCACAGUAUGGUAUUAAGCCUUUCUAUCUUCACGGAGACCAAACCAGACCAAGUUACAGGUCACAUUUGUGGAGAGGCGACCCCGCUCACAGUCAGAAUGUUUGUUUGUUUGUUUUUUUUAGCUAUAAAACCACCUAUGACUGAAUACAUAUAAGGUAGAGCUGUUUAAUGUCAUACCCCAACCAAAAAGUUACACAGUGCACCUUUAAAAAUCCAGAAAUCCUAUAGUACUCAGAUUUUUGUUUGACAUGAACCACACACUGAACAGUCAUGGAGUCGUGGAUUCUCUGUUGAUUCUAAAACACAGAAAUGACAAAGUAUUUGGGCAGUGAAAGCAGAAUUUACAACUUUUAUAGCUUGAAACACGUAAAUACAAUUAUAAAAGGCACCGAUCCGUAUCUUGGGUAACCUCCUUUAUAUUCUGAAAUCAUAUAGUGGAUUUUAGUUCUUUCUAGAAACUAAACAGGAGCAUCGCAAAGAUAGAAUCGAUUGCAUUGUGUUGUUCUCGAGCUCUGAUUCCACUGGCCAAACUUCAGCGCACCGACCUGCUCCCACCACAAGAGGGAGACAAACCCAAAACAACAUGACUUUAAACUACUGUCUUGCGAUCCAGCUUUUUCAGUUUCGAUGCCGAUUUCAAUAUUACAGUUUUAACCAUCUGCCGAUAUCGAUACCAGUGUGGAGACUGAAAACAGCAUUUAUUAUUUAAUUAAAGGUGCAUUGUGUAGCUUUUCUGGAGGAGGAGUGUUUCACAGUAUGGCAUUACACUUAUUUAUCUAAACUAAGCAAACAAGCAAAUGACACCGCAGGACCAAGUUACAGGGUCAGAUCUGUGGAGAGGCAAGCCCAUUCCCACUAAGAAUGUAUGUUUUUAAGUCAGUAAAAGCAAAAUGGAUAGUUUAAUGCCCUACUGUGGAAAAUUCCAGACAAAAACAAGCGAGUGAUGGCAAGUGACUUACACAGUGCACCUUUGAAAAAACUAAAAUAAGACAAAACGGAUCCAGAAUUUGUUAUGUAGCUGUUAUUUAUUCUGAAAUAAAUACAGAGAAGCUUUGUACAAAUAAAAGUUCAAACAUUGAGACUUCCUGGGGCAACUACAGCAAGUAAAAGAUGUUAUUCUAUCAAUUUAGAUCAUAUGUCCAACCAGAAUAUCGACUGAACCAAUCCAGUAAGUUUUCCAAGGUCUGCUCCAUUAUCCAAUAUCAGAUUGGUAUGUUCCUAUUCAGUUUAACAUGCAUUGCGUAACUUUUCUGGCAGAGGGUCCUCUACCUGCUUGUCUCCAUGGAGAUGUUAUUGCUUUGUCUGGAAUGUUCCAUGGCAUGACUUUAAACAUUUCCAUCUAGCAUUUAUUCAUUACAAGUGUUUAUAUUGCUCAUAAAUACAAUCAUUCUUUCUGUGAAUAGGUUCGCCUCUCCACAGAUCUGAACUGUAACCUGCUUAUCUCCAUCGUGACAGACAGGUUUAAUCUAUAGGCGAGUUUCAUUGUUGACAAAAGCGCACGUUGCAUGCUGGGAAUUAUUUUGGUCGGCGGCAAGAAACACUAAUUCAACAUGACGGACGGAGCGAGAAAGCACGUAAAGGGUAUUGAUCCCGGUUAUUUCUCCACUCUAACGGCAGAGGACCCAAGACCAUUUGACCAGAAAUUGGUCAUAAGCAUCGAUGGACGACAAAUCACCCUUUUCAACCCCGACAAAAGGUGGACCAAACCACAUUUCUGGUCAGAAUCACCAACUACCUGGACAAAUAUUCACUUUGGUGAUAUCCACAAUGACUUGGUGGAAACUCCUGGGCCAUUCACAGCAGAAAAGAUGAAAACCUCCAAGAGUCUCGAUGUGUUGUUGAACUUGUUGGAGUCCACGGUUUGUUAGGAUCUUCUACGUUUGCUCUGUGAAUGUUUGAAAGCCGUUUAAUUCACUGUUAGCGGUUCUUUUCACUCAGAAUACGAAAAAAAGAAAUUUUCCUUCUUCCGUGCUUCUAUUUGUGCAUCUGAUAAUGCAGCAGGAAUUUACCAUUAUCGGGGAGAAAUACGCGAGGUUACGCACUGUGUUUGACCACUACCGUGUUUCUUGCCUCUGACCAAAAUAUUUCCCAGCAUGCAACGCGGGCUUUUAAUAAUGACGUCAUCUGAAACUCGCCUAUACUGUGGAACAUUCUAGACAAAGCAAUAACAUCUCCAUGGAGUCGAGCAGGUAGGUGGCAGACCCUCCACCAGAAAAGUUGCGCAGUGCAGCUUUUAAAGUGUGUUUAAGCUGUUUUUAUUUAUUUGGAUGUCGCUUAAAUAAAGGUUUUAUAUGUAGUUUUAUGGAUGAGAAUGUUCCAGUGUGGUUUGUGAGUUCCCAUGUUUUACCCGGCUCAUGUUUCAGGGACGUGUGUGUCUCCAGAUGAGUCGAGUCUGUGGAGGAAAAAGUUGUUCACUCAAAUGUAAACAAACUCAAACU